AUGCCUCAAAGGCUGAACCAUUGGGAAAGCGUCUCUGCUGCACGGAAUUGUGCGCAACUGAGCGACAUUACCUUUACUGCUGAAGGAGUGGCAGAGUUUGCAGAAAAGUAUUUACUUCGGGUGACUUGUGGUGACGUAGGUACAUCAGCUGAGGUAGUGGAAAAAAGAUUGAAAGCCUCUUUUCAUCUUGGAAAAACGUGGGAUUGCGGUAUGUUGAUUCCCCAAUUGGAAGUCGAAUAUCACUGAUAGCCUUAUGGUUGUGCUACUGGAUGAAGCAGACGUUUUCCUAGAGGAACGAGAUAUGAAAGAUCUGAACAGAAACGCGCUAGUGUCUGUUUUCCUUCGCGAGUUAGAAUAUCACGACGGGAUUCUGAUCCUCACCUCAAAUCGAGUUGGAAAGUUCGACGAAGCGUUCAAGUCCAGACUUCAAUUACCUCUCCAUUAUGAAAACCUCGGACCCAGUCAACGCCGAAGGAUUUCGCGCAAUUUCCUCAUUCGCGUCAAGACCUUUGACAAUCCAGUUAUCGAUUUUGACGAUGUAAUAGACCACCUUGAUGACCUCGCCCCAGUAAAAAUGAAUGGAAGAGAAAUAAGGAAUGCCAUAACCACAGCAAGACAGCUAGCACAGUUCAAGGAGACAGCCCUUUCCUACACGCAUUUGCAACAUGUUAUUUGAGUAAGUGGAAAGUUUAGCGAGUAUUUGAAGGAUUUGAGACAUGGGUUGACAGAAGAUGAAUAUGUGCGAGAUGGUGGGUUAAGGUUGACGUACAAGGGCAAGACGAAUCUCCAAAAAGAAUGUCCGUUAUAG